UUUAAUAUGGUGACAUAAUAGCAACAGAAAUCGCAGACCCUUAUAUAAUGUUAAUGUUUUCGUCUGAACACGACUUACACGACUUCCAAAGGCCACUUCGUCCAUUGGUCAAACUCGAAAUGUGACCAAACGCGGAAAGCCUAGAAAUUUCACUUAAUUAAAUAUUUAUAGUAAUUAACAUCUAAUUUUCGUUUUAUCUAUUGCCAUUUAAACUUCCAUUGCAUCCCUUUGCAAUUUAAUGGCAGAUCUAUUACGCUUACGCAACAAAGACACAAUGGCUUAACGCAUUUUGCAGUUCAUUCAUUAGUUUUUAUAAUACUAUCGCAUUUAGUUUUAAUUUACAUCCUUUUGAAUGUAAAAUUGGAAAGUUUUGUUAUAUAACUCUAAUAAAUUAAAUACUAGACAUGAAUGUGCAGUUUAAACAACAAAGUGUUACCCGUCCUACAUACCAACGCAUUGUUGGUGCAUCGGCCUAUUUAAAAAUGAAAAAUUUAUCUUCUCAGUAAUUUGGAUUAAAACCUGCGAUUCGCCCAAAACGAACAGUUUUACAGACGGAUCCUUUCGAAAAUAGUCUCGCCUCGUUUUGAGUGGGAACGAUGUGUAUCGUAUAAAAUGCCACCUUCUUCAUUCUUGCGGUUUAUUCAAUCUGUGAUAUUUAGAGAUUAAAUUAUGACAGCCAAACGCUUGCUGGUCAUAUUCUCCAUCAUCUCUUUAAGCCAUAGUCUACCCGCCUAUCCAUCCGGUGGUUACCUGCCAAGUGGAGGUAGUCAGCAUUUAGGUAUAUCAAGUUACGAAACUUCCGGCAGCCAUAUAUCCAACCAACAAUUCGGCGGAGGAUAUCACCAGCACGUACAAGACCAAAAGCACGUCUACUUCUUCGCAUCGCCAGAUACGCGCGAACACUCGCGGCUACGAAUCCAGAUUGUUCCAAAUUCGCAGCGAAACACUAAAAUCAUUUUCGUCAAGGCGCCAAGUUAUGGAGCGCUAGUGCCCGAGGUCGUCGCGCCCCCGUCUAUUUCAGAAGACAAGACGGUAGUGUACGUUUUGGUAAAGAAACACCAACACGACGGACAGAUCACUAUUCCCGCCGGCGUUGGUAUUCGACCAAGCAAACCUGAAGUCUACUUCAUCAAGUACAAGUCUCAGCAUGACGCGGCGGAGGCGGUUAAGGAAGGGACUAGUGGUCAACCGGUCGGUACAAACGUCCCCGAGGUGGCUAACGAGGAGAAGUUUGUCAACACUUUCGAGCGAGAUUAUGGGGUUGGUGUGAUCCAACCGCGUUAGACCUAAUUUAUGUCUAGUUUAAUUUUAAAUAAGUUUAA